AUGCGUUUCUCAAUUGUCAUUUGCACUUUGACAGGUGUCUCUGCUCUCAUGAUCCCUUCCUCGCGCAUUGUCAAGGACCAGGUCGAGACUCACGAGGCCGUUCUCGAGAAGCGAGUGGUCGUUGAGGCUCUCAUUAUGGCGGCUGCCACAGCGGCGGUGGGGCAGGUAGCCAUAAGAGCCGUAGACGCGGGAAUCGACCUUGUCAAGGACCUCAGUGACUGGACCGAGGCUCGCGAGUCUUUCACUCAGGAGGUCACAGCCAAGAUGUGGUCUGAGAACCCUUCUCCGGGGACAUAUGUUGCCGCCAUUUGCUACAACAUGGGUUACACCUUUGCGAAUGCCGAUCACUCAGAGGUCACUUCGGUUCAACUCAAGUCUGGGAGACUUCACACGGAGUAA